GUCUUGCGAUCUUAAAUCCAACGCGUCCCACGUUUUUUUUUGUUUUGUUUUGUUAUUUUUUAAAUGGCGGCUAUUAGGAGCAUUUUUCCAGUACAUUUGUUUGGAAGGCCGCUUAAUUUGCUCAGUUACACAAUACGAAAUGCAAACGUCGUCCCUGGAUGCUACAGCUAUUUUGAAACCGUACCGUUGCGAUGUUUUGGUGGUGAUUCAAGUGCUAAUAGAGCAGAACGAAGUCAGCAAAGAACAUCACAAGGACUGCCCAAGAAGUUUCCAGUUGCAGGUGUGAAGCAUGUUGUUCUGGUGGCAUCUGGAAAAGGUGGUGUUGGCAAAUCAACUACUGCAGUCAACUUGGCUUUGGCUCUUUCUUUGCAUGAAAUGAGGCCAACUGUGGGGCUGCUCGAUGCAGAUGUCUAUGGACCCUCCAUUCCACGCAUGAUGAACCUGAGUGGUGAACCAGAAUUGACACAACAAAACCUCAUGAAACCACUGGUCAAUUAUGGGAUUAAGUGCAUGUCCAUGGGGUUUUUGGUCGACAACAAGACGCCUAUUGUGUGGCGAGGACUUAUGGUCAUGUCUGCCAUUGAGAAACUGCUUAGGCAGGUAGCAUGGGGCCCAUUGGACUACCUUGUUGUCGAUAUGCCACCAGGAACUGGAGACACGCAGCUUUCCAUCUCCCAGAACAUUCCAGUGUCAGGGGUCGUUGUAGUGACUACACCUCAGGAGAUUGCACUUAUCGAUGCACGCAAGGGGGCUGAGAUGUUCCGAAAAGUCAGCGUGCCUAUCCUUGGGCUGGUGCAGAAUAUGAGUCGGCUAGCCUGUCCAAGCUGUGGCCACGAGUCACACAUAUUUGGCAAGGAUGGUGCCAUUGAGCUUGCCAGGGAGAUGGCACUUGACAUUUUGGGCGAUGUACCACUUGACAUAGAGAUAAGAGAGAGCUCUGACAAUGGCCAGCCAAUUGUGGUGUCUAAUGCAAACUCCCCUCAGGCUCAAGCCUACAAGGACAUGGCCCAAAAAAUUAUCCAGAAGUUACCAAUAUGAGUCACCUUCAACUAGGAAUGAUUUGAGCGUGUAAUUAUCUCUGGGCCUACAAGUACAAAUGUGUCAUGCUUAUAGAAGGCAGUAGAGGGUAUUCAGAAUUUAUAGCAUAUUCUGGAACCAUUAGCUGCAACUGGAGCAGUAAUUCUGCCUUUUUCAGCUGCAUGAUUUUUGCCAAGCUGUAUGGCACCUUGGUGUCAGUACGAUGAGCAAAAUGGGAACAAGGUAAAAGCGGGAGCCAACGUUUUGACAAGUGGACUUGUCUUUUUUAAGGCCUUGAAAAAAGACUCACUGUUCAAGGCUCCCGCUUUUACCUUGUUCACAUUUUUGCUCAUCGUCUUGAAUUUCCAUUUCCCGCCUUCCCCGUGUUUUACCUUGAUGCGAGUGUGUUGUAAGGGAGUAGCAUGUCAAUGCUAGUGAACAAGGCUGUAUGUUAAUGUAGCGGUGCUUGCAGUGGUUUAUCAGUAGCCAAGCGCAAUCGAGAACAAAAAAAGAAUCAUUAUGGCUAAUACAGGAAUUUGUCAGAUCAACAGGUUCGGACAGGACCCUCCAUAUCUUUUUCUCCAAUAAAGUCUUCAAGAACUUUA